GAGUCUCCGAUAAAAUCAUAUCCCAAACCAAACCUCAAUGAUUUUGCACCUUCUCUCCUCUCCUUCAGUUCGAACAGAGAGAAGAGAAGAAGAAUCAGAGCGAACUCCAUUUUCUCGCUCUACAACUCUAGAGAGAGAGGGAGAUGGAUCGGAGCUUUGUGUACAAGGAGUUCGCUCCGUUGGCCGGAAUGAUCGCCGCCGAGUGCGCCACCGUCGGCUCCAACACCGUCUACAAAGCCAUAACCACUCAACAAAUCAGCUUCUACGUCUUCACCUUCUACACUUGCCUCGCCGCCGCUCUCAUUCUCCUUCCCUUCRCCUUCAUCUUCCGCAGAUCUGGAGUUUUUCCUUCCAACAAUAAGUUUCCGUUCUUCGCCCGACUGAUUCUCCUGUCCGCGAUGGGGGUUGGAUGCCAGUUGUUUUCGUAUAAAGGUCUGGAGUACAGUUCGCCGACGCUUGCUUCCGCCAUUAGCAACCUCAUUCCGGCUCUCACCUUCAUCUUGGCUGUUCUGUUUGGGAUGGAGAAACUAGCAAUAAAAAGCUCAAGCAGCAUAGCCAAAAUCAUCGGCUCGGUAGUAUCCAUAUCAGGUGCACUAGUAGUGGUUCUUUAUAAAGGUCCAGUCAUUCUAUCAAACCCCUUUUCUGGGCCAACAAGAUUGAAUCUUCCUCCUCAUCCUUUGGCCUCUUCUGAACCAAACUGGAUCAUGGGUGGCCUCUGCUUUUUCGCUCAGUACCUUCUCAACUCUUUCUGGUACAUUAUUCUGACCCAAAUGGUGAAGAUGUAUCCAGAUGAACUAGUUGUGGUGUGCUUGUACUAUGUUUUCGAGGCCAUAAUUGCUGCACCAAUAUGCCUAUUGGCAGAAGGAAACUUGAAUGCUUGGAAGCUAAAAAGUGGCCUGGAAUUGGUUGCUGUUUUGAACUCAGGAUGUGUGGGCCAAUCCUUUGUCUCUGCGAUCCACACUUGGGGCGUAAAUGUUAAAGGGCCUGUUUAUGUAUCAAGUUUUAGGCCACUCUCAAUUGCCAUUGCAGCUGCUACUGGUGUCAUUUUCCUUGGGGAUGAUCUCCAUCUUGGAAGUAUUAUUGGAGCAAUAAUAAUAGCAAGUGGGUUUUACUCUAUAAUGUGGGGAAAAGUAAAAGAAGGAGACUUGAUGGAACAGUGUGGGUUUUCAAGCUUGGAGUCUUCAUCCAAAGAUAAGACUCCAUUGUUGCAAAGCUCUAAAGUUCAAAGUGACUAAGUAUUUUGUGAAUAUAUUAGACAUGAUUUAUCUGUCCAAUAAGAAUGUAAGUAUAUGUUUGUCUAUAUAAGUGUUCAUGGUGGAUGGAGUUAGAAGAUCAAUUUUUGAUUGAGUCACCCAUUCAAUUGGAGAAAAUUUAAUCAAAGAUUCUACAUGUAUAGUAAGAUGAAUUAAUUUUGUUUGAAUUGAUAGUGUUUUGUGUUCUUU